AUUAUUUUCCGUAGCCUCCUCCUCCUCCUCCUCGUCGUCCCUGCCUGCAUCCGUUUGUUUGUUUAUCCCACGCAGCGACGGCCACGCAAAGCUCUCCUUCCUUCCCCGGAGCGCACGAGACCUUCUCGAAGACGGCACGAAUCCAAGACAAGUCCCACGCAAUCGAGGCCUCGCCAGAUCCUCGCAUCCCUUUCUCGCGGCUUUCGCUCGGUUCGGCUCGGCUCCGUAGUCGCAGAACCUCGUCCGGUCCAGGAGAGCAAGCGGCCGGGAUCCAUCCCCAUCCCCAAGAUGACUUGUUCCGAUGCUGAGGCUAAGCACCAAUGGAUAGAGAAUGUAAAGUCAGGAGGAACAGUUCCUUAUCUCACACCUGAAAACUGUCCUAAUGGCUGGGCUACUCCUCACGGUGACUCGUUUAUGGUCAGAGGCCCAGAAUAUCUAACGAGUAAGGUAAAAAUACCAGGCGGGGAAUAUCUUCUAAAGCCUCUUGGAUUUGAUUGGAUCAGAGGACCAACAAAAAUCUCUGGGAUCCUGAAAGACAAGAACCAUCGUGUUAGGAAAGCCAUCGAUGAGGAGGUUUCAAGUGGUAAUCAGCCUUUUGUCUGGGCCUUCAACUUGCAACUGCCGAAGGAUAACUACAGCACGAUAUUCUACUUUGUAUCACUGGAACCUGCACCCGAAGGCUCGCUUAUGGAUCAAUUCUUAAAAGGGGACGAUGCAUUCCGGAACUCCAGGCUUAAGCUAAUAGCGAACAUAGUUAAGGGGCCUUGGAUUGUUCGAACCGCUGUGGGUGAACAAGCUAUCUGUAUACUGGGGAGAGCUCUCUCAUGCAAGUACAUUCAGGGAUCAAACUUCAUUGAAGUUGAUGUGGAUAUCGGGUCCUCUAUAGUUGCAAAUGCAAUCGUUCAUUUGGCAUUUGGUUAUGUUACAACGCUAACUGUAGAUUUAGCCUUUCUUGUCGAGAGUCAAACUGAAUCAGAGCUUCCUGAGAGACUUCUUGGAGCUGUUAGGUUCUCUGAGUUAAAUCCAGGUUCAGCUGGUUUGUAUGAAAGGCAAUCUGAAGAGCAUCAGGAAAACGCUCAGUUUCUCCCUGUAAGAUUUUGGCAGGGUUUCUCUCAACUGUUAAACAACCCAGGCAACCCUAGGGAGCCUUCCCCUAGCUUGCAGAAUAGUAAUGGAAAUGCGCACAUAGAAGACACAAUUGAGAAUAGUAAAUGAUAUUCUUCAACCCCAUACCCAAAGAGAUUGGAAUCAUAUCUUCAUUGAUUGGGGGAUUAACAUAUCAGUUAAUCAUUGCGUUACAAUUCACUUGUUGGGUGAUCAGUAUCAGAUAGUCCUGGGGCUUGUUUGUUUGCCCCCACAUCUGCUGUAAAAAUUAUAUACACUGGCCACAGACAAACUACAUCUCACUCUGUACAUAAACUGAACGUGUCUUAUGUUUUAUUCUCUUAUGGAAGAAUUGUAUGACGCUCAGGAAGAAAAAAAAGUGUUUCAUUCUCAGAUCCUUUGUUCAGAGUAUAAUAACAGUUGAGAGUAUCUGAUUCGGAUAAA